AUGACCACAGCUACAAACGAAGAGAAACCCAUAAACGUACAAGAGAAACUCGAGUUAUCUAAUUACGCUAUAGACGACGAAUACAUUCGUUCUGAGACCUGUAACCUCGCAUCAGACCGCUUUAUCGUCGUCUCCAACAAAGAAUAUGGCAAAACCAAGGUGGUAAUAAUAGAUCUUCAGGACACGGACAACGUGAAGAGACAUGGAAUUAAUGCUCAGCGAGUGAUUCUGAGCGAUAACGGACAGUUCAUAGCUCUGCAAUCAAACAAAGUGAUUCAAAUCUUUAGUUGCAUUACCAAAACUAAAACUGGGUAUCAUACAUUGGAAGACGCAUUGGAAUAUUGGAAGUGGCUUAACAACACCACUUUGGUCUUUGUAACGAAGCGGUCAAUAUACUAUUGGAAGGUUGACGCUAUAGCACCUGUGAAGGAAUUUAACAGAAACAAAUCAUUGCUAGAUACCCAGAUUAUCAACUAUGUGGCUAACAAAAAUCUUUCGUGGGCUGCUGUUAUUGGAAUCAAGAAGAUUCAUGAGGGUCAUGAAAGUGGAAGAGCGAUUGGCAAGAUACAGUUGUGGAACAGUCGACAUAAACUCAGUCGUGACUUUGAUGGAACCGCGGCCGCGUUUUUUGUAUUUUCUGGAGAAGUUAACGGGAUGAGUGUUAACAAAUCGUUGUUUGCAGUUGCAUCAAAUAUCAAUUCCGACUCUGGAAGUCUUUGCAUGUUUAACACAAUCGAAACGCCACAAUUAUCCCGUAUCGAUAAAUACUGUGAUGAAAUUUCAAUAAAUUUCUUGCCCGAAGCGGCAGGAGACCGGUUCAUCGAUUGCGUAUUCAGUAAGGAAUACGGUUUCUUCUUUCUUGUUACCAAGUUCGGAUUCAUCCAUAUUGUUGAUAUUGGGUCCCAAGCUCUUGUAUUUACGGACCAAAUUAGUACGACGGAAAUAUUUAAUGUUAGUGCGCUUCAGGACAGUAGCGGAUUACUCGUUGUAAAUGAUGAAGGACAGGUAUUAUCUGUGACCGUGGAUGACUCCACACUGUUGCAAUACAUUGUAAAAUGUCUCGGCAAGCUUGAAAUUGGCAUACGUCUGGCCGCUCGUCACAAAUUUCCUGACAUGUCUCUGCUAAUAUCUAGACUGGAGGAGACAUAUGCAGAAAGCAACCAAAGAAAGCCCGAGGUUUCAGAAAGUAACAGUACCAUCAUAUCAUCAUCCAAGGCAUACUUGGAAAAUAGCCAUUUGUAUAUACCACAUCAUGAGGAUGAAGAUAUUUUGGAUCGUGUCAUUAUAGGUCACGGUGGAUUUGGUGUGGUAUACAAGGGAAAGAUAAGACAGUCGGAACUCGUAGUCGCGUUGAAAGUCUUGGUACCUAGAAACGAUAAUACCGAUUCGGAAUUGUAUGAGGCAUUCGUUCAAGAGUGCUCCUCAAAUAUUCUCAUGGUUGAUAAAACUGCGAAACUGUCCGAUUUUGGUUGUUCCGGUGAUAUCACACAAACAGCAUCCACUUCCGGAAAGAUGGGAAAAACAGCCUACAUGGAUCCAUUAAGUUUGAAGAAUAAAUCCUACUCCC